AUGUCCGCAGCUCUGUCCCCAUCACUGCCGCCGCCACCCCGGCAGUACUACCGCCGCCACCACCCCGGCAGUACUACCGCCGCCGCCACCCCGGCAGUACUACCGCCGCCGCCACCCCGGCAGUACUACCGCCGCCACCACCCCGGCAGUACUACCGCCGCCGCCGCCACCCCGGCAGUACUACCGCCGCCGCCACCCCGGCAGUACUACCGCCGCCACCACCCCGGCAGUACGACCGCCGCCGCCACCCCGGCAGUACUACCGCCGCCGCCACCCCGGCAGUACUACCGCCGCCACCCCGGCAGUACUACCGCCGCCGCCACCCCGGCAGUACUACCGCCGCCGCCACCCCGGCAGUACUACCGCCGCCGCCACCCCGGCAGUACUACCGCCGCCGCCACCCCGGCAGUACUACCGCCGCCGCCACCCCGGCAGUACUACCGCCGCCGCCACCCCGGCAGUACUACCGCCGCCGCCACCCCGGCAGUACUACCGCCGCCACCCCGGCAGUACUACCGCCGCCGCCACCCCGGCAGUACUACCGCCGCCGCCCCGGCCGGACUACCGCCGCCGCCACCCCGGCAGUACUACCGCCGCCGCCACCCCGGCAGUACUACCGCCGCCGCCACCCCGGCAGUACUACCGCCGCCGCCCCCCCGGCAGCACUACCGCCGCCACCACCCCGGCAGUACUACCGCCGCCGCCACCCCGGCAGUACUACCGCCGCCGCCACCCCGGCAGUACUACCGCCGCCACCCCGGCAGUACUACCGCCGCCGCCACCCCGGCAGUACUACCGCCGCCGCCACCCCGGCAGUACUACCGCCGCCGCCACCCCGGCAGUACUACCGCCGCCGCCACCCCGGCAGUACUACCGCCGCCGCCACCCCGGCAGUACUACCGCCGCCGCCACCCCGGCAGUACUACCGCCGCCGCCACCCCGGCAGAAUUAGGGUCCAGUGCAGAGUGGUUGGGCGUGGUGUCUAUGGCUACUUUAAAGUCCAUUGGGGUUAUGGUGACAUCUGAUAUGGGAAUCGAUGUUGGUUUAACAUUCAUAAAGAAUUAG